CAUAAGUGAUAUAAAUUUAAUGCACAUUCAAACCCUUGAAAUAGUUAGAAUGAUGUGCCAUGAGGGAGUUAUAUGGAGUAAUGCUGAAGCCUCGAAGCCAUUGGCUACUUCAAUUUUAACAGCCACAAGAUUCGGGAUUUGCGAGAUGGAGUGGAAAGCAGCAAUCGAGAAUGAAAAAACUGACAACAUAUUGCAUUUAACUGGAAGGUUGGUACCUUCAAGUCGAGUCUCUGGUGCAGCACUACACAUGCAGAGAGAGUUACAAUGGCUUAAGGCUGUGGAAAGUUAUGUCCGUUCAUCCUUUCAAGAUCAAAAAAAUUCAUUCAAUAAAACUCCUAGAGAAGUGUUUACGGAAGAACACAAGGAUUUAGUUAAAGAAGGUGAAAAAUGGAUGAAGGGUACUGAUUCAUCAUGCACUCUUGUAGCAGCACUAAUAACCACAGUAGUGUUUGCAACAGCUUUUCCUGUACCAGGGGGCAACAAUAAUGACGGCAUACCCAAUUUCAUGAACGAAAUACCUUUCAUAGUCUUUGCUAUACCAGAUGCCCUUGCAUUCAUUUCUUCUACCGCUUCAGUGCUAAUGUUCUUGGGAAUCCUCACUUGACGUUACUCAGAAGAGGAUUUUUUGGAGUCGUUGCCAAAGAAGUUAAUGGUUGGCCUUAUGACCUUGUUCUUUUCCAUUACAAGCAUGAUGGUAGCGUUUGGUGCAACAUAUUACAUCGUUCUUUCAAACCCAUGGAAAUUGGUUAUCAUUCCAAUUGCCUCACUUGGUUGUCUUCCAGUCCUGUUAUUUGCAUGGAUGCAGUUUCCUCUCUUGGUCGAUAUAUUUAUAUCCACUUAUAGGCCUACUAUUCGCUUUAACCGCAAUUAAGCAACUGAGGAUGUAUGACCAUGUAAUUAUAUCUUCAGGAGCUAAACAAGGUCUUUCUUGUUUAAC